AUGCCGCUACCUUCACCCCUUACCCUCGGAGGGGAACUGUGGCACGGGAUACCAGCUCUUAGAGGCAUACUACAAAAAGAAACCUGGCAAGGCAGGAUUGUUUACAACCAGAGUCAAAAGGAUAUCCUCCAAGAAUGGUUUAAACAAAACCUUUACCCUGACAGAGCUACCAGGAAACAAUGGGCCAAAGAAAUUGGUAUUUCAAAAUUGGUUUCCAAAAUUCAGGUCUGGUUUAAAAACCACAGAUCAAAACAGAGACAAUUGGAAUUGGGAUGCUCCUUAGGAAAAGACAAAACCCAAGGACAACACCAUCAUCAGCCUUGGACUCAAGAAUACUUACCAACAGCAGCCAGACAAGACUGGACAUCUGUCCCAAGAUCUCGAACACACAUCCUACUUCAAGCCUCUGAGAGGAACCGAUUGCUUGAUAUUACAACCAGGGAAAAACUGGCCAAAAAAACAGGCAUUCAGGAACCAAGAAUUCAAAUGUGGUUUCAGAACCAAAGAUCCCUAUACCCAAAGCAGAGCAGAAGCGAGUCCAUGAAUUCCUUGGCAGAUGGCCCAAAUGGAAGACCAGAUCUGACAGCUCAACAGUACCAAAUUCAUUUGUCCACUCCCCUGGGCAGGUCUCAUCAAUUUGCUUUCUCCAAUUCCUUCAGCAGGAACCCAACAUUUCUACCUGCUCCUGUCCCUUGUGUGAGCCAAGGACCAGGUGUCAUGAUGGUGCAACCUACACAGGCUACGCAGGCAGAGAAUUCUCUCUCUACUCUGACCCUUAGACCUACCUACCAACCCUCAACUUCAGGAGGGGACCUCUCAGACACUCAGACCCUUUUAUGGCUCCCAAACCAAGAAAAAUGCCAGAAUCACAUAGAACAGACUGGCCCAGGAGUAUUGCAGUUGAAGGACUAUUCUGAGUCUCGGCCUGAGCAUCAACACCACCAGUCGCAGGAUCUGCUACAGGUGGACAUAACUUACGUUCUGCAAAGGUGGGAUGAGGUCUGCCAGGCUCUGAUCGCAAAAUGGGAUCCUCAAGAAGGUACAUACUGAGAUACACACGGCUACAGCACACAGUCAGCUGAGAACCAGCCCACUCCCUCAGUCAACUGCACCAGCAAUGUGUAGAGCCUUAUGUCAAGCCUUAUGUCAGCUCCUGUUACCCACAGAUGUUGAGGAAAAGGUUACCUUUUCUGAGUCCCAAUCCACAGAAAGAGAACCCUCCAGGACCCCAACUGUGCUUCAGUGAAGAUGAUUUUCAGGCUGUGUUCCAUAUGCUACAAAGCUCACCAGGGCCUGAGUUUCAGAAGGAAGAAGUCAUUCUCAAAACCUGGUCCAGGCCUCUCUUCUUUUGAUGGACAAUCAGUGCAACUUAAAGAACAGUAAACAGUGAAGUCAUCCUGUUUGGGACAGGAUUAAUGCAAGAGGAAGGAGAAAACUACUGGAAACCCAAAUGGAAGUCUUAACUUCUUUGCGGGCAGUGGUUAUUUUCUGUACUCCCUUCACUGACUAAGCUGCAUCCAGCCUCUGGAAGCACCAUAGGCAUUAGCCACCAGACAGGCCUGCGGAAUCCUUCUGAACCAAAUAUUUUUCUGACAAACAUGACCCCCUCUCUGUAAUCACCACGUCCACCAAUCGGGAACAUCCAUGAACCGUAACCAAACCCAAGCAAAAAUAGGUCUACCAGGGACACAUCAGCACACCCUUUCCCGCUAGCAAGAUGGGAAAGCAAACUUGAAAUUAGUUUAUCAUGCAGAAAAUGAAAAGGAUAGUGUAUUUCCUGAUGUG